GGAGAUAACCAGGCUCCCCCAGCGUGGGUCGGGGAGAGUCAGCAGGAGGCUUGCAGUUGGGGCGGGGGGUUUCCCAAUCUGGUGUGAAAGACUGUGUUCCUCGGGCUUUCAGUGGCAUCUUACAUGGAUGAUCCCUAACCAUGGGAAGCAGAUGGGUCUGGAAUUAUCGUCCCUUUUUGGAACUUGGGGAAACUGAGUCUCACAAAAACUGGGGACUUCCGCCAGGGACUCGGAUGAAUCCAGACACUCGGCCCCCCUCACCCGGCUCAGACCUCAGAAUGCGGUGCGAGGAGGGGUCGCAAGUUGGCAGAGGAGGAAGGCACAGUCGCCGCGGGGCGCCCGGAGGAGGGAAGGGGGCGCCGCAGGCGGGACCACGUGACAGCCAAGGCCCAUCGCCACGUGGGCCGGGCGGUGCAGCUCAACCCGGCCCCGCCGGACCUGCGUCGGCCCAUUGGCCCCCUGGGGUCCUUUGCCGCUCCUUCCCACUGACCCCGCGGCCCCUCCCUCGGUUCCCGGCGGCCCUGGCGGGGCACAGAUGGGCAGCAAGAGGCUCCGGAGGCAGUGUCCAGGCUCUGAGCUGGCCUAGGUCUGCAGACUGGCGGGGCGUUGGCCGUGGACAUGGCCCAACCACUGCCCUUUGUCCUCGAUGUCCCUGAGACCCCAGGGGACCAGGGCAGCCAGGAGCCCAGUCCCUAUGAUGAGAGCGAAGUACAUGACUCCUUCCAGCAGCUCAUCCAAGAGCAGAGCUGGCGGGCGGCCCAGGAGGGGCUGGAGCUGCAGCAGAGAGCGAGGCAGGCCGCAGGGAGUGGCCAGCACACACUCUUGGGGUCUGAGGGCACCCACAGCGCAGCCACCCUCCGCAUCCUGGCCAGCAUGCCCAGCCGCACCAUUGGCCGCAGCCGGGGCGCCAUCAUCUCCCAGUACUACAACCGCACGGUGCAGCUUCGGCGCCGGAGCAGCCGGCCCCUGCUCGGGAACUUGGUGCGCUCUGCCCGGCCCAGCCUCCGCAUGUAUGACCUGGAGCUGGACCCCAGGGCCCAGGAGGAGGAGGAGAAGCAGAGCCUCCUGGUGAGGGAGCUCCAGAGCCUGGCGGUGGCGCAGCGGGAUCACAUGCUUCGAGGGAUGCCCUUAAGCCUGGCUGAGAAACGCAGCCUGCGAGAGAAGAGCCGGACCCCAAGGGGGAAGUGGAGGGGCCAGCGGGGCCACGGCAGCAUCUUCUCCUGCUGUGGCUGGCUCAGAUAUGCCUGUGUGCUGACCUUGCACAGCCUGGGGCUGGCGCUGCUCUCCAGCCUGCAGGCUCUGACGCCGUGGCGCUAUGCCCUGAAGCGCAUUGGGGGCCAGUUCGGCUCCAGCGUGCUCUCCUACUUCCUCUUUCUCAAGACCCUGCUGGCUUUCAACGCCCUCCUGCUGCUGCUGCUGCUGGCCUUCAUGGUGGGCCCGCAGGCUGCCUUCCCGCCCGCCCUGCCGGGCCCUGUCCCCGUCUGCACAGGCCUGGAGCUCCUCACAGGCGCGGGCUGCUUCACCCACACUGUCAUGUACUAUGGUCACUACAGUAACGCCACGCUGAACCAGCCGUGUGCUGGACCCCUGGAGGGUGGCCGGUGCUCACCCGGGGCGGGCAGCCUGCCCUACAACAUGCCCCUGGCCUACCUCUUCACCGUGGGCGUGGGCUUCUUCAUCACCUGCAUCACUCUGGUGUACAGCAUGGCUCACUCUUUUGGGGAGAGCUACCGGGUGGGCAGCACCUCUGGCAUCCAUGCCAUCACCGUCUUCUGCUCCUGGGACUACAAGGUGACGCAGAAGCGGGCCUCCCGCCUCCAGCAGGACAACAUUCGCACCCGGCUGAAGGAGCUUCUGGCCGAGUGGCAGCUGCGGCAGAGCCCCAGGAGUGUGUGCAGGAGGCUGCGGCAGGCAGCCGCACUGGGGCUCACGUGGCUGCUGUGUCUGGGGACAGCGCUUGGCUGCGCUGUGGCCGUCCACGUCUUCUCCGAGUUCAUGAUCCAGAGUCUGGAGGCUGCUGGCAAGGAGGCUGCGCUGCUGGUCUUGCCCCUGGUGGUUGGCCUCCUCAACCUGGGGGCCCCCUACCUGUGCCGCAUCCUGGCUGCCCUGGAGCCGCAUGACUCCCCGGUGCUGGAGGUGUACGUGGCCAUCUGUAGGAAUCUCAUCCUCAAGCUGGCCAUCCUGGGGACACUGUGCUACCACUGGCUGGGCCGCAGGGUGGGCGUCCUGCGGGGCCAGUGCUGGGAGGACUUUGUGGGCCAGGAGCUGUACCGGUUCCUGGUGAUGGACUUCAUCCUCAUGCUGCUGGACACGCUUUUCGGGGAACUGGUGUGGAGGAUUAUCUCUGAGAAGAAGCUGAAGAGGAGGCGGAAGCCUGAGUUUGACAUUGCCCGGAAUGUGCUGGAGCUGAUUUAUGGGCAGACUCUGACCUGGCUGGGGGUGCUCUUCUCGCCCCUCCUCCCUGCUGUGCAGAUCAUCAAGCUGCUGCUUGUCUUCUACAUCAAGAAGGCCAGCCUUCUGGCCAACUGCCAGGCGCCGCGGCGGCCCUGGCUGGCCUCGCACAUGAGCACCGUCUUCCUCACGCUGCUCUGCUUCCCCGCCUUCCUGGGUACCGCCGUCUUCCUCUGCUACGCCGUCUGGCACGUGAAGCCCUCAGGCAUCUGUGGCCCCUUCCGGACCCUGGACACCAUGUACGAGGCUGGCAGGGUGUGGGUGCGCCACCUGGAGGCGGGGGGCCCCAGGGUCUCCUGGCUGCCCUGGGUGCACCAGUACCUGGUGGAAAACACCUUCUUCGUCUUCCUGGUGUCGGCGCUGCUGCUGGCCGUGAUCUAUCUCAACAUCCAGGUGGUGCGGGGCCAGCGGAAGGUCAUCUGUCUGCUCAAGGAGCAGAUCAGCAAUGAGGGGGAGGACAAAAUCUUCUUAAUCAACAAGCUUCACUCCAUCUACGAGAGGAAGGAGAGGGAGGAGAGGAGCAGACGCUGUCCUCCAAACCCUUACGGUCCCUCUCUGGAUGGAACAUACGCCUGCCACUGCUGGUUUGACAGCAUGAUCACUGCUUGUGAUCUGUUGAACCCACCUUGCCAACCUCACAAAGGACAGUACUGGUUGCUUAUGGCAGGGAAGUGGAAGAACUUGCCCUGGGUAUUUCUGGAGUUUGUGUGUGUGCUUGUCAGUCUUGUGUCAGCCAGAGGCUGUGGGGCCCAGUGAUCUCAUCAACAGGAACCUAAGUGACCUGUGAACAUGUGCUGCUGUAGACAGUGAACACCUACAGUAGAUUCACCUAAAGAUUAUCAUCCUUGAGAACGUGUGGGCCUUAUCCAAUCAGCUGAAAGCCUUCAGAGCAAAACUGGAUGUUCCCCAGAGAAGGAAUUCUGCCUCAGAGGGAGGCAUCCAUGCCCACUGUAUGUCCAGCCUGCAGCCCCACGGCUGGGUGAGCCUGUCCUCUUUCCCUAUUUCUGUCUCCUACUGGUUCAGUCUCUGGACUCACUGUGUGGCCCCAGACCCUCCAGCGAGGACCUCCCGUGUUUCUUCAGAGCAGCCCUUGUGUGCUGUAGGCCUGGCUUCAGCUUGUCCCUGGGUACCCUAGGGCAUGAUUCCUGUGUGUGCUGCCUACCGACUGGCACGUUCGGCAUGUUGCAGAGAGGCCAUGCCCGCCCAUGAGCGCAGCCUGACAUGGAAACUGUUCUAGCGGAUGGGAACUUGAUGCUAUUUCUGGACGAACGACAAGGCUCCUCGAUGCCACUGCUUCUCGGCCUUGGCUGCGUGAUGGAAUCCACUGGGGAGUUUUUGAAAACACUGGUACUCACUGGAGGCAGUGGCUGCUGCUAUCUAUAAUUGCAGCUGCUUCAGAGCUGAGGCGUAGGAUUGCUUGAGCCCAGAAGUUCUGGUUUGUUUUUUGAGACAGUCUUACUCUGUUGCCCAGGCUGGAGUCUAGUCCCGUGAUCUCGGUUCCCUGCCUCAGCCUCCCGAGUAGCUGGGAUUACAGGCUUGGGCCACCACACCUGGUUGAUUUUUGUACAGUAGAGAUGGGGUUUCACUGUGAUGGUUAAGCUGGUCUCAAUCUCCUGACCUCAAGUGAUCCGCCUGCCUUGGCCUCCCGAAGUGCUGGGAUUACAGGUGUGAGCCACUGUGCCCACUGAGCUGUUUUUAAUCCAGCAUGGGCAACAGCAGGACCUGUCUCAAAACAAACAAAAAACUCUGGUGCCUGAGGCCCACCCCCAGUUGAUUUGGAUGUGAAUUAUCUGCCAGGCACGGGGGCGCAUGCCUGUAAUUCCAGCACUUUGGGAGGCCAAGGUGGGUGGAUCACGAAGUCGGGAGUUGAAGACCAGCCUGGCAUGGUGAAACCUGGUCUCUGCCAAAGAUACAAAAAUUAGCCAGGCGUGGUGGCAGGCACCUGUAAUCCCAGCUACUUGGGAUGCUGACACAGGAGAAUCGCUUGAACCCAGGAGGUGGAGGUUGCAGUGAGCCUAGGCCGUGCCACUGCACUCCACCCUGGGUGACAGAGCAAGACUCUCAGGCCAAGGUUGAGAACCCCUGCUCUGGGCCCCAUCCAAGCACCAGGUUGUCACAAACGCACGCACACACUCACAUCUGUGGGCUUGGGGGGGCUUCAGAAACGUGCUUGUUUUUUUGAGACAGGGUCUCGCUCUGUUGCCCAUCCUGGAGUGCAGUGGCUUGAUCAUAGCUCACUGCAGCCUUGACCUCCUGGGCUCAGGUGAUUGUGCCUCAGCCUCCCAAGUGGCUGCUUCUGGUUUUCAUGAUGACCUGGGGGCCAGGCACUCUACACUUGCUACUGUUCGGGGCCAGUCCUGCACUAGGAAGGCCCAUCAGCCAUAGCUCCUCCGAGAAGCAUUGAUGUGCAGAGCCAGGCAGCUUUGUUUCCACCUGGAUCCUGCGCAGGGUUUUUUUUUCUUGGUCGAUGUGUAGAUACCACACUCCCGCACCGGAUCUUUGUGGGAUGACCCACUGCCUCUGUUGUCCCUCCUCACCAAACACAGUCUGGGCUCACCAUGAUGCCUCAUCUGUUGGCUUCUCCUCCCGCAUUUGAACAGCCUUCUCUGCAUACCACACUGCUAGCCACUGGACACCGUGCUUUCUACCUUUACCGUUCUGUCAUGGUAUUGCCAAAUUAGUUAAAACACAAAACGGAGGCUGGGCACGGUGGCUCAUGCCUGUAUUCCCAGAAGUCCGAGACCAGCCUGGGCAACAUGGUACAAAAAUAAAAAAUGAAAUGAGCUGGGUGGGGUGGCGCAUGCAUGCCCGUGGUCCCAGCUACCUGGGAGGCUGAGGUGGGAGGGCUGCUUGAACUCGGGAGGUCAAGGCUGCCGUGAGCUGCUAUCACAUCACUGCACUCUAGCCUGGGAGACAGAGAGGCUGUAUUAAACAAAGAUACAAACCACAGAGGGCUACUCUGAACCGGUCAUUAAAAAAAUAAAAAAAUCCACAGAUACAGGUGAAGAACUUGUCAUUUUCCUCAAACCUGCUUUUCACCCACGGUGGAAAUCAUGCUCCAGGGCCACGAGGCCUUUGCAUGGGCUCCCCACGUGGGGCCUUGGCUUGUCCCCUGAGUUCCCAGUCUGUCAAAAUCCAACCUGGUCUCCCAGACCCAGGGCAAAUGCCACCUCCUCCAUGGAGCCUGACACAUCCUUUGCACACUCUCGGGCACUGACUUUGUUCCCCCAGCGCACAUGCAUGGGUACAGCUUGUCCCUGUAGCCACUCAGGCACAAAAUGAACUCUUGUCCAGAGUGCAGAGCUGAGGGUUGCUUCGUCCAGGUUCAACUGCAUUUGAGUUUCAUUCCCAGAUUCCUUCUUUUUCUGGUCUUCAAUUUCUUCUCGGGAUUAGGUCCCACUCAUUGCUUUCCUUUUCAAUUUCCAAGAGGUUGCUCAGAGCCAAGGUACCUGCCUUCCACCAUUGUGGGGGUCAGCCUGUGGUGGGGUGGGGGGGGGUCCCAUUCUUUGGAUGGAGUUGACCCAAAAUGGGCAGGUCCACCUUUGACCUUGCUCUCUGAAGUGGAAACAGAAAAAGACACUUGCUUAGUCUGAGGGGCCACUGGGGUGCUCGGUCUCUCUUCAAAGGCCUGUCUGUAACACCAAUAUCACACCGGUUGCACUGAGAUUCUGGGGUUAGGCUGCUGCUGCCUCAGCACUGACGUUCCACUGUGCUCAUACAAAAAUGAAUGCAUAAGAUGUCCAGGAAACAAAAAAACCCCUCAUGACUCUUCUCUCCAAAGACUUUUUAAGCCCAAAGUGGACCCUAGGCAAAAGUGAGCGGCACUCCUUUGCCAGGACUCCAGGUGGGCCCCAGCCUCCUCUUGCUGCAGUCCAGGACAACAGCAGUUACCAGAUGAACUGACUCGAUGGGCUGUGAGGGUAGAGAGCUAGAAAGCUUGGUUGUGCCUCUCAACAAUUAUUAGUAAGAUUUCAAUAUUUACAGCAAACUCACAAAGCAAGUGACAGAAUAAAGCAAAACAACUGGAAGCCUGCGUUUCCCUCAUGAGACGGAGGCAUGUAGGCUCUGAGGACAUUAUGGCAGGCCAGCUCUCCCAGUUGCAGUGUGCAGAGUGCACAUCCAGUGUCCAUUUUGAAAGACGAAAUACACGUUACUUUGAACAGCCAAGAAAAAAAAUUGCAAUUUAUUAGGAUUCAAUAAAGCGUUGUACUUUUGAAAGCAAAUUUCGAUGCAUGUUCUUCAACAAUCACAUUCUAUGAGAAAAACAUUAAGAGCCACAAACUUGUUUUUUAAUCUCAGAGUUACAGACAAUUAAAUCCAAAAUAAAAGGUCCAAAAAAAAAAAAAAAAAAAAACCUCAAACAAACCCAACAAAACCCCAAAACAAACUAACAUAUUGUUGACUUUCAUCCCCAAUUUUAAAACACCAGGAGUUCUACAGCUCAGUGCUCGCUGGUAGCACAGGAAGUGGUAUGUCGGGUGCACACACGCACACACACGCUCACACGCACAUAUACUGGAUACACAUACGCAGGUGUAUGUCCAUCGAAUAUACAGAAUGCAUGUAAUGGCGAUGAGAUGCGGUCACUGAGGGAGGUCGGCUUGCUGAAGACCCUACUGAACUUGAGAAAAGAAGUCUUGAACCCAGUCCGUGCAUAGUUCAUGGUCUCUAUAAAACCAGCUUUUGUGGAUCUGCAAUCUUGCAGGACUUUUUUUUUUGUAUAUAUUUUUGUAUUGAUAAAACCAUUAAAAAGCUAAUUAAAAAAAAUGUAAUGCACAAGUUUCCUGAUCAAGCAGGCAGGGAGCACAAUGUUCAUAUAUAUAUAUUUUAAAACAUACUUGAGGGUAUGUUAUUCCAUUGUCUUUCUUCCUUGCAAAACAAUCAAAACAUUGAUCAUUCUUAAAACAUAAAGCAAUUUUUAAUAUAUAAAGCACUCUUCAAACAUCUAUUUCUUUUGAGUCCAUUAUUUGGUAAAUAUGUAACUGCUACACAUUAGAGAUUAGGUAUUUUUCUUCUUUGUCUGUUUUUUUUUUUGUUUUCUUUUUUUAAAUUUUUUCAUUUUUUUUUUUUUUUUUUUU